GUUAAUCACCAUGCAGAACAUUUUCAGGAUAUGGUUCAAAAGAAAGGGUCUAGAACUGAAGAGUAGAUUUUGCGGUCUGUAGCCCCUGAAAUGCAUUCAUUCUGGCACUCCCAGUUUAGAGCAAUGAACAAUGAAGACUUUAACAGAACGGCAAGGAGGGGCAAGAGGUCUAGGCAGGGUGGCACUGAAGUAUAUGAAAAUCUCCCAUAUGUAAACGGAGUCAACAAAAUAUCCACAAAAACACUUUAAAAUUAUUUAUUGCAUCAUUAUCUGUUCUAAGAAAACAAAGGCUAUAAGAGGCUUUUGGAGUUGCCCCCAACUUUUUUAAGGCAGUCAGUCGUGAAUGUUACUAGUGAACAUUAACUAGUAAUGUAGUUAUGUUAAUGGUUUUGGUCGUGAACCAUAACUAGUUAUGAUACAAACACUACUUCCACUACUAUGUUUUUUAAAAUUAUUAUUAAUAUAUAUACAUUUGUAUUUUUUAUAUUCAGAUAUCAGUUUUCUUAUUUGCUUCCUCCUUUAGCUCUGCUAACCCUGAAAAUGCCCGCAUUCUCCGCUAGGUGGCGAUAGUUAAAUGUUUUCGUUUGCUGCCACUUCCUGACACAAGAAGAAGAUGCAGGAUGAUGGCUCCCGACACCAGUGACGACGUGCCUUCAUGUGCUUGUAAAGGUGUCCGCCGGUGUCUCGUCUGCGAAGGGUUGAAAGAGAAAGUACAACCGGAGGCGAGUGAAUCAAAGAUUGUCCAUCAUUUCCUCUACGAUCCUCAGUCGAGGCUCGCUGUUGGAAAAGAUGCCCAGGCUGCAUCCUUCCCCUUUUCUGGGGUCUUCCUGUGGGAGAACUUCAUAUCAGAAGAGGAAGAGAAGGAGCUUAUAUGUGCGAUGGACCAGGAUGUGUGGAAGGAGUCGCAGUCCGGUCGAAUAAAACAGGACUUUGGCCCGAAGGUGAACUUCAAGAAAAGGAAAGUGCGUGUGGGUGGCUUCAGUGGACUCCCUGCUUUGAGCCAUAAACUUGUGCUUCGGAUGUAUCAGGAAUCAGCUCUAGACGGCUUCCAGCCAGUGGAGCAGUGCAACCUGGAUUAUCAUCCUGAGCGAGGUGCAGCCAUCGAUCCACACUUAGACGAUUCUUGGCUGUGGGGGGAGCGCUUAGUCACCAUUAACAUGUUGUCAGACACUACACUCACCAUGUCUCUGGAGCAGGGUCUGCCAGAGCUGGGACUAACAGGGGAGGUCCAUGUAGCUGUGAACCUUCCUCGCAGAUCUUUAGUAGUUUUAUACGGCGAGGCACGGCAUAAAUGGAAACACGCCAUUCACAGGAAGGACAUUCAUGUACGUAGAGUCUGCAGCACCUACAGAGAGCUAUCUGCAGAGUUCCUGCCUGGAGGGCAGCAGGCAGACCUCGGAGCCCAGCUGUUGAAUAUCGCCUUGAACUUCCAAGGCUCUCCAGUUUAAUCUAAUUUGAUGGAUCCAGAGGGAGCUGCAAUCUAAAUCACUUGGACUUGUCUUAAACUGUAAAGAUGUGUCCUUUAGACACCCUAGGGCUUGUUUGCUGGAUCUGUGCCAGCUCCCCAAAUAGUGAGCAGUGCUCACGAGGCUUGUGUGCAUUAAUUAGUUGAACAUCUGCUGUGGUGCGAAGCCAAGCUGAAGUCGAAUUGCUUUGGAAAAAAUGUUGGGGGGAAAUUGUGUUAAAAUAGCUGCAAUGUCAUUAUAUUAUUCCACCCCCACCCUCAGUGUUCUUUUUGUUUUAUGACAAAUGGAGAGAAUAAAGCAAUUUUUCCACGCACAGGGCGAUCCGUGGUAACUCGCUAAUGGAGAUUUGCCGCGUUAACGUGGUUAUGAUGUUAACGUCAUUUUAACGAGAUUAACGCUGACAGCACUAAUAUAAAUAUAUGUUUGUGUGUGUGUGUGUGUGUGUGUGUGUGUGUGUGUGUGUGUGUGCAGAGAGACUGACACAAACCUAAUCUUUGACUUUGUGAUGAUAAGAACAAAUCUUUGAUGAUAAAUUGAAUAGAGAAUUAUACACGUGUUGGGAUUGAGGCUUUUUUUUCUUUCAGAACUGCAAUUAUAAUUGUUAAGAUAAACAUUUAACAGUAAAAUAUGACUUAAAACAAAAACAAAUCUGAUUGCAAAAGUGAAUCAAAAGAUCUGUCACCUGAAACAAUCAUGUGCAGCUGCUGCACAUAUCUGGCUUUGUUGAAUCAGCAGUGGCUGCGAGUAAUUUUUCUGAAACCCAGUUUGUCCAGUUCCCGAUGAGUUCUCAGACACAGAGUGAGAACUACAAACAGGAUGUGGCCUGCACGCUCAAAAUGAACUGCCUUUACAAAGUUUUUGUGUUCAAGUCAUCUUUCUUGAAGUCAUUGUCUAUUCAAAAGAAACAGGAAAUGUGCAAUGGUGUCAAAGCUUUUAUUUUUCUGUUCUCUAAAUGUGUUUUUGAGGUUGCUGCCGUUAUCCACACAUUUAGCUUCACUGGUCACAAAUGUCUGUAUUCACAAUGGAGUCACGUCUCCAGUUCAUCCAGCUGGCAACAUAUGAAUUUGAUUAAGGACUACAAACAUGAAGACAAAACCUUUAUUGUUACUGUGUUCAGGAUGUAGCAGGAUUGGGAGUGCCGUUCCUUCUUAGUGAUUUACUUUGUGAUAUUUAAAGGAAAAAAUAAAUUAUAUUGUAAAAGAGAUAACUUUUCAAUACAAAGCCAGGGUCAAAUGAAUUAUUGUCUUCUGUAUUUCCUGAAUAGAGGUUUAUUUCUGCUGGGGUUUGGAGCAAUUUAUAAUAACAUUUUUCAUUGGGGGAAAUGAAUUGUCACUAAAUAAUACAUUUUAAAAAGAAAGCAGUUAAAGUUAUUAUGUAUUUAUUUUUGCAGCUCAUGACUCCUUUGAAAUCUAUUGUAAGUUCUGUAUUUUUUUUUAAAGAUUUUGAAUAAACGGCAAUUUACUUGAAACAGCAGCUUAACUUAAAUGCUAUUUUAUCUGUUAGCAGAGUUAUAAUUGAUUUAUAUUUUCUAUUUUUUCUUGUUUCGU